UACCAUAUCAUCAAGUUCACCGGUGACACGACUGUUUUGGGUGUCAUCAGCAAGAACGACGCAUAAAAGCUUCUUGACUUGGUCAUUUUAUACCACUUUACCUCUUAAUCGAACAUGAACGACUACCAAAUGUAGACUAAAACUCCAACCCAAGAGUCUUAAUACACCGUAUUAAUUUGCCUUGAUUAUACUACACAGUUUUAUAUUUCAACCAAUAGGUGGCGGUGUAUUUUAGUAUGUUGCGGUUUGUUAUGUCCUACCCGUAUUCGACAAAUCUGUUCUCUUGGAUUGUGAUUGGUUAGUUGCUCUUCGUCUACGUGAGAGCUGGAUUAUUUUAUCCAAUCAGACCUGUGGAGGCGGGACUUUCUGUAAUACGGGUAGGAAAGAAAACAACGAACUCUUGGAGGACCAAGAGCGUGAGAUUCACCUUGUUAAUGUCUUUAUCUAAUGUGCGUUAAUACUUUUUUGUCCAGUGUAUUUCGAUACUACAAUGAGUAGAUAUGUCCUUCCUGUGUCUGUAUUCGGGACUGUUUUCGGCUGUGCUGUGUUACUAAAGAAUCAUUUGACAGGAGGCUCCUGUCCAAGUAAAACCAAGAUCCAUGGAAAGACGGUGGUUAUAACUGGGGCCAACACCGGGAUCGGAAAAGAGACGGCCCGAGAGCUGGCCAGGAGAGGUGGAAGGAUUAUUAUGGGAUGUCGGGACAUGAAGAAGUGUGAGGAAGCAGCGUAUGAGAUCAGAGGUUCUACCCUGAAUCCCCAUGUUUACGCCAGACACGUUGACCUGGCUUCAAUUAAAUCUAUACGGAGAUUUGCUGAGAAGAUCAUCCAAGACGAGGAAAGAGUGGACGUUCUGAUCAACAAUGCUGCAGUGAUGAGGUGUCCUCCAGGGAAGACUGAAGAUGGAUUUGACAUGCAAUUUGGAGUCAACUACCUGGGCCAUUUCCUCCUGACCAACUUGCUGCUGGGGAAGCUGAGAGACUCCGCCCCCAGCAGAGUGAUCAACUUAUCGUCUUUGGCGCACGUCGUCGGCGAGAUUGACUUUGAGGAUCUGAACUGGGACAGGAAGAAGUUUGACACGAAAAAGGCGUAUUGUCAGAGCAAACUCGCCAUCGUGCUGUUUACACGAGAGCUUGCGCGCAGGCUUGAAGGUACUGGAGUCACGGUAAAUGCCCUGCACCCUGGAGUCGUCGCCACAGAUCUGGGUAGACACACUGGCAUGCACCAAUCCCAGUUCUCCAGCACUGUGCUCAGUCCAGUCUUCUACCUGCUCAUAAAGUCACCUGAACUUGGUGCCCAGCCCAGUGUCUACCUGGCCGUUGCAGAGGAGCUGGCGGGCGUGAGCGGUCGUUAUUAUGACGUUAUGAAGGAGAAAGAACCCGCCCCUCAGGCUCUGGACCAGGAAGAGGCGGUCAAGCUCUGGGAUAUCAGCACAUCUCUGGUGGGUUUAGAGACCACUGCUUCUGAACAAACAUCUUCUCCAGAGACCGUAACGCAAGUUCUGCCAGAACAGAUUCAGAUACGUCCUUCAGAGCCUGCUCCUGCUGUCACAAGCAUGUAAGAGGCUGUGAGGCAAAGUGAUUUCAAAUAGCACGUGUUACGGAACUGAAAAUCGCUGCUACACGUGGAAACUGUUUAUGGUGACUUCUUCAUCACACAGCAAAUAAAAAUGUAUAACAGUCUUUUUACGUGCCAGUUGAGCUGGAACAACUUUUUGGAAUUAAAAUAUAUAUUUAAAACAACCUCCAUGGUUCCUUUGCUUGGCAAUUUUCUGAUAAUUUGUAAACUGUUCCAUAAAAGUUUUAAGAACUUAAAGCAACAUAAACACACUCAGAAGAAAGUGAUAUAUUUACCCUCUUCCGCAUACAUGAGCUCACGGACGCACGUGAUUGGCUAGUCCUGCUGUGAUUGACAAGACAGAGAACGCUGUCCCUCCCAUUUUCAAGCAUAACAACUACUGUUAUAUGGAUUAUUUUUCACCAGCUACCAUUUAUAAUGUAGUUUGAUGCACAUAGAACUUUAUGGAAGGUUAAUAUAUAAUUAUGACAUAUUACAUCAGAUUACUGUUAAUAAAAUGUCAACCCUGAAGCUCUUACAGUACAGUUUUAAUUUUGACUAAUGAAUAAUCACAGAUAUUUGAACAUUACUAAACCCGUCCAUAUAAGCUUUUGGUGUAAAGUGUAAAAUGUGAAAC